GGCGCUCCGGCCACCAACGCGACCGUGCCGCCGGCGCUUGCCAGAAAGAUCGAGGCGCGUGCCGCGGCCGUCGAGCGGCAGGCCGCCCGCGACAACGCAAAGGACCCGCGGCUCUCGGACUCGUGGAGGCUGGUAUACUCCAAUGGACGCGAGAUCACGAACCUUGCGACUGGUUUGCCACUGGGCUUUGUGCUCGGGAAGACCUAUCAGCCAGUUGACGUGCAGACCGGAAGGUUCGAGAACCAAGGCCUCGUCGAGCACAGGCUCGGGCUGGCGCGCGCCUCAACACUCGUUAUCGGCGACGUGCGGCUCGCGCCGCCCGGCACGCUCAACGCGGCGGGAACGCGCAACGAGCGCGGCAACCGGGUCGAUGUCGACUUUCGACGCCUUACCUUUGGGCUCGACGCCGUCCUCGGGAAGCCGCUCGAGACGCCUUUGCGCAAGGUGGUCGUCACCCGACAGAACCCGGACGCAGCGCAGCCGGCCAACGACGUGACCUACCUGGACGCCACCUGCCGCAUCACUCGCGGCGGUGACGAUGCGCUCUUCAUC